AUGAGAGCUGUGUUCCUUUGGAGCUGGCUACUGCUGGCACUUGUGUCCUGGACGGAUGGAUCGUCACCGGAUGCCACCGACCCAACUCCCACGUCCUCUACCGCAGUCGCAGAUCCGUCCUCAUCCACCUCGGCGAGUGUUUCAAGUUCAAGUUCAAGCUCUAGCUCCACUGUAGCUUCAGUCACACCAUCCACCAUAUCUGAGAGUAGUCUGUCCAGUGAUUCGACAGGAACAAGGGAUGCACGAUUGGAGGCCAGAAAAGAAAGGAGAAAGGCUUUCCUGGCCAAAAUAAGGAAGGCAAAGCUGAAGAGGAAAAUGAGACAAGCUGAAAGGAAGCGCCAGAGAAGACAAAAUCAGCGAUCCGGCUAA